AUGUGGUUCUUGCAUUCCAUCUUCCUGAAACCCUUCUACAAUGGGAAACUUGGUUCAAAAACGUUGGUGGCCAGAGACUCGCGGCUAGCUGUAGUUUAUGGAUAUCCGGCAGAAACUUUGUUAUAUUGUGAAGUAACAUCUGUAGACAUUUCCUGUGAUCAUAUGAACCAUCGUGUAACAGUAACACCAUACGAUGGAAGUAGCGAGUUUGUAUUCUGUUGUCCUUCAAUAGAGACAUUCUCAAAGUUCUUGAAAAAAGCAAAUGAGGAUGAGGGAUCAUUAAAUUUGUAUUUAAACAAGAAAAGUGCUGAAGGAGUUUGGUUACAAAAUAUUGGAAGCCGUACACGAAAGCAUCAAGAUUCCAUCUCGGGACUGUCCGGCACUUUCAGCGGAUGGUUUAAUCUUAUGAGUCCAGCGACGCCAUCAAUCAACCAAAGCGAGAUUUUCUCUUCACGCGCCGCUAUCAACACUGUCGGCCUCGGAAAGCCCAAAGAGAAGACGCCGGUGGGAAGUUUGAAAUUCCUUAACGGAUUACUUCCCGAAGUGACAUCACUCACACCUCCACCGCUUCCACCACCGCCAACUAGGAAGUUUCCAAGAACGGCAGAGUUUCCAUCUAUAGAAAAGAAAACUACCGAAUCCGAAGUGCUCUCAGCUUCAGACAAUGCUCCUUAUCUAGGUCCAGAUGCCAAACAACGAAGUACAAGUUUACCAGACUAUGUCAAUGUGUCUCUCGUGAUAAAUUCAUCACCACCACUUCCGCCACUACCGUCGAUUCAACACACACCGGAGCUACCGCCAAAGGAAGAACCUACGCCAGUUAUCGAAUCUCAAAGUCAUCAUGAAGUCGUACAUCGAAAGGCUUCAACAAUGACCACACCUCCUCGCGAAACCCCGAGAUUUUCGAACUGUGGAGAACACAAAGAUUUCUUACCGAGUCGACCUCCCUCAAAAGGAAGGUCAAUGAUGGACUUCACCACUCUUCCAUAUGAAGAAUCAGGAUCUCGUUUUGAAAGUUGGCGGAAAGCCAAAAAAUUCAUAUCCUCAUUUAGUCAAAAGUCACACCAAGAUCUCCUCUACAGAAGCGUUCCAAAAAUUGGUCAACGAAAAGCGUCAAGUACAAGCGCAUUAAUGUAUCAACCAGUUGAGAUGAGAAACAAUUCGUUUUUCCGAAAAAGUUUGAAUCCAUUCAACCAGUCACAAACGUUAAAAUCAAAAACUAGUUUGGCUUCGAGUUCAUCGAGUAGUGGUGAAAUUGAUGCAUCGGCUCCUCCAGCGCUGAAUCUCGCAAUAACUAGUCCACCACCUUCAUUGACACCAAGAAAGGAUAAUAAGCUAGAUGAACCUGAAAAUAUACCCGCGGGUUUAGUUCGUCUCCGUGAAGAGGGUUCGUUGAAAAUGAGAGGGGGUGUGAAUAUUGCUCUGGCACGACGUUUAGCUGCUGGUAUCAACGGAUCGUUUUCGAAAUAUGACGGUGACCGCGGCCUAACCCAUUUCUACCCCCAAACGCCUGAAGAAAAAGAACGGAAAAUUGAAGAGUUUCUCGAAGAAAAGAGACGAACUGCACAACAAAAACGAUUGGAAUCUCUCGAAAACCCGCCAGAUUAUUCAGAUGAUCGUAGUGAAGAAAGUUCCGGAAAAUCUCCACACUAUUUCGAGAGCAACAUUGGUCCCAAAACGGCGGCGACGGCGACAACCCCACCACCAUUGGAAGCCGUACCGCACCAGAGUCUAGCCAGACAGGAGGAAUCGCGACGAAUGUCCGAGGUUGUUUGA